GCUGUGCUCCUUUGCUAGCUGCUCUCCACCCCUCUCUUGUACCUGUUUGUGUCCCGUGACAGUAAGCAGAGCCCUCCUCUGGGCCAGGGAAGUAACUAUCUGCCCGACAAGGCACAGCCGUUGCUUUUGCUCUCCUUUUAGAAGUCGGGCCGUCCCACGGUGGAGGCAACAGCUGCGGCCUUUGCUAUGCCGACUGGACCAAAGGAGCCAUUUUGUGAAGCGUCGUGCAGGAGGGGGGUGGGCCCUUCAGCUUAGCUUUUCCCACACGGAGUCAGUCCAGGGGCCGAGAAGGGGGUGCUGCUUCGGCCUUUCCACCCGUUGGUCGGCUUUUCGUUUCCUUGCCUCCCUCAGCCGGACGGGCUUCAUGGAAUUCCCUCGGUCGCUGGGACAACUUGUGUGCGACGGCAUCGCGCCCGCAGCGAAGAUUUCCUCCCUUUAAAAGGCGUUUUCGUCUCAUUCACCCCUCCGAGGAGGGGGGAGGGAACUACGGAAAUCUAGCCUCUCUCCCCCCCCCCGUUUCACGGUAGAACAUGGCCGGCGAGCCCCAGAAGAAGCAGCACUUGUCGGCGUUGGUGGGGUACACCAACGGGCUCACCAAACCCGCUUCCCUAGCAGCGGCAGCCGGAGUGCGAAGUGGACCGGUCGGCUCUGGGGCUGCCGGUGGAGGUGGCACUUCCAAGAAAUUAGUGAUCAAGAACUUCAGAGAGAGACCCACUUUGCCUGAUAAUUACACUCGGGACAUAUGGCAGAAGCUUCAUGAAGCUGUUAGAGCAAUUCAGAGUAGUACAUCCAUUCAAUAUAAUCUUGAAGAGCUUUACCAAGCUGUUGAAAAUGUCUGUUCUUAUAAAGCAUCACCUAUGCUGUAUAAACAGCUAAGACAAGUCUGUGAAGAACAUGUGAAAACACAAAUACUGCAGUUUAGAGAAGAUUCUCUUGACAGUCUUCUGUUUUUAAAGAAAAUAAACAAAUGCUGGCAAGAUCAUUGCAGACAAAUGAUCAUGAUUAGAAGCAUUUUUUUGUUUUUGGAUCGUACAUAUGUACUUCAGAAUUCAAUGCUACCUUCUAUAUGGGAUAUGGGAUUGGAACUUUUUAGAAACCACAUUAUUAAUGAUAAAAUAGUUCAAACAAGAACUAUUGAUGGAAUACUGCUGUUGAUUGAACGUGAACGGAAUGGUGAAACUGUAGAUAGAAGCUUGUUACGAAGCCUGUUAAGUAUGCUCUCUGAUUUGCAAGUUUACAAAGAGUCAUUUGAACAAAGGUUUUUGGAAGAGACAAACUGUUUAUAUACUGCAGAAGGCCAAAGAUUAAUGCAAGAAAGAGAGGUCCCAGAAUAUCUUCAUCAUGUUAACAAACGAUUAGAAGAAGAAACAGAUAGAGUGGUAACAUAUUUAGAUUACAGUACACAGAAGCCACUCAUUGCUUGUGUGGAGAGGCAGCUUUUAGGAGAGCACUUAUCAGCUGUUUUGCAAAAAGGAUUUGAUAAUCUGCUUGAUGAAAACAGAAUAGCAGAUCUCACCCAGAUGUGCCAGCUUUUCAGCCGUGUAAAAAGUGGGCAACAGCUCCUUCUGCAACACUGGAGUGAAUACAUCAAGAACUUUGGGACAACAAUAGUGGUAAAUCCUGAAAAAGACAAGGAUAUGGUGCAAGAUCUGCUAGAUUUUAAGGAAAAAGUGGAUCAUAUCAUAGAAGUGUGUUUUCAGAAAAAUGAGAAAUGUAUAAACUUGAUGAAAGAAUCUUUUGAAACAUUUAUCAACAAGAGACCAAAUAAACCAGCAGAACUGAUAGCAAAACAUGUAGACUCAAAGCUGAGAGCUGGCAAUAAAGAAGCAACAGAUGAAGAGCUGGAAAGAAUCCUUGACAAGAUUAUGAUAAUAUUCAGAUUUAUUCAUGGUAAAGAUGUGUUUGAAGCAUUUUAUAAAAAGGAUCUGGCCAAAAGACUUCUGGUUGGAAAAAGUGCUUCAGUAGAUGCUGAGAAAUCUAUGUUGUCUAAGCUUAAGCAUGAGUGCGGUGCUGCUUUCACCAGUAAACUGGAAGGAAUGUUUAAGGAUAUGGAACUUUCAAAAGAUAUUAUGGUUCAGUUUAAACAGUAUAUGCAGAAUCAAAAGGACCCAGGCAAUAUUGAUUUAACAGUAAAUAUACUUACCAUGGGAUACUGGCCCACUUAUAUGCCUAUGGAUGUUGUUCUGCCUCCAGAGAUGGUUAAACUUCAAGAAGUAUUUAAGACUUUUUAUCUUGGAAAACAUAGUGGUCGAAAACUUCAGUGGCAGACUAGUUUAGGACAUGCUGUCCUGAAAACAGAAUUUAAAGAGGGUAAGAAGGAGUUCCAGGUGUCGCUCUUUCAAACCUUAGUUCUUCUAAUGUUCAAUGAAGGAGAUGAAUUCAGUUUUGAAGAAAUUAAAAUGGCUACUGGUAUAGAGGACAGUGAAUUGAAAAGAACCAUGCAGUCUCUAGCCUGUGGUAAAGCAAGAGUACUGAAUAAAAGUCCAAGAGGCAAGGAUGUAGAAGAUGGAGACAAAUUCACCUUUAAUGAUGAUUUCAAGCAUAAGUUGUUUAGAAUCAAGAUCAAUCAAAUCCAGAUGAAAGAAACAGUUGAGGAACAAGCCAGCACAACUGAAAGGGUGUUUCAAGACAGGCAGUAUCAGAUUGACGCUGCUAUAGUACGAAUAAUGAAGAUGAGGAAGAUACUUAGUCACAAUCUUCUAGUUUCAGAGUUAUAUAACCAGCUAAAAUUUCCAGUAAAGCCUGGAGAUCUGAAAAAGCGGAUUGAAUCUCUCAUAGACAGAGACUAUAUGGAGAGAGACAAAGAUAACCCUAAUCAAUACCACUACGUUGCAUGAUGAUGAGGAAACUGUUUUUAUAAAACAGAAGGACACUAGCUUCCCAACAAUGGAUACUUGUAUUGUUCCCAAACCUUAGUUUUAGCGGAACUGGGACUGAUAAUCAUUAAUCAGCUGCACGUACUGCUGAUACAUGAAACAUCCUUGCCUAGAAUCUGUGGUCGUAUUCAAAUACAUAAUUAUUUUUAGAUCUGCUUUUGGAAUUUCUUUGGAAUUCUGUUCAAAAUUUAUUUGGUAGUUGGAGUGAAUGGUAACAGUCCUCUGUAUCAUCUGAUUCUUUGGCCUGAAGAAAUUAGUUGUUUGUGUUUGACAGCACAUCAUAAAAAAAUUUAUGCUGCAUUUUUUAGCUUCAAGAAUUAUUUGAGUUUCUUUGAAAAACUUUAUUGGAGAGCAGUCGGUGGUCUCAGAGUACACUGAUUUUUUAACUAUGCACCAUGAAUGCUAGUAUUUCUAUUUGAUUUUUUUAUUUCAAAUCUUUCUAAACUUUAUCUCUGUUUAGAUAGAGCAAGUGUCAAGAGGGUAACUACAUAUAAAACAUGUAUAGUUCAGCUUUCUAAUUAGCUCAGAUAUUAAUUGAUGAAAUAUAUUGUCUUCUCGGCCACAUGAAGGCGAAGCAAAUAAGCACUUUCUUGCUCCAGGAUAAUUGUUAACAACUCUCGCGUAAAAGAAGAAAAAAAAAACUACAGGAUAGUCUAGUUUUACUCUUAACAGUUGCACACAGGGUAAUUACAGUGGCACGUUCUUAGAACAUUUAAAAGUAUUUUUGAAAGGCUUUCUAGCCCUGUUAUGAGAACACUGGACAAUCCAGUACCUCUCCAGAUCCCCCAUAUUUGCUGAAACAUGCACAUGAGAAACUAUUUCUGUCACAGUGGCUUCUUUCCCUUGUGUCCAAAACUGUGCAUACAUAUGCAGAAUUUCUCAUGGACUUUCUGCAUGAAGCAGAAUCAUUGGAUUGUUCCCAUAGUUUUUAUCUUGACAGAUGAAGUAGCUUGUUUCAUAUCAUUUAUAUGGAAGUUGACUGGACUUUGGAAAAAGAAAGCUACAUUAACUUGAUAGUUGAAACUACUGGUUUUAUAGGAUAUGCAUAAUGAUGUACAUUUAAAAGAAGCCAAAAGAGAAUUUGACCUUUUGUGUCAUUAAUGUUAGUAAUACUUUUUUUGCAAAGCAUUUUAAAGAUAACUUGGUUUAUUAUAUAAAUUCCCUUGUAUUAUUUUGACUUCUGCAAAUUAAAUCCUCCUUUCUCAUCUGUA